GUCCCAUAAGUGAAAGAAGAUGGGGUCUGGCUGCGUAAAAGUCACCAAAUACUUCCUCUUCCUCUUCAAUCUCCUGUUCCUUAUCCUGGGUGCUGUGAUCCUGGGCUUUGGGAUAUGGAUUCUGGCCGACAAAACCAGUUUCAUUGCGGUUCUACAGAUGUCAUCGCCCUCCCUGAGGACUGGUGCAUACAUCCUCAUUGCUGUUGGAGCACUCACCAUGCUGAUGGGGUUCCUGGGCUGUCUCGGAGCAGUCAAUGAAGUCAGAUGUCUCCUGGGUCUGUACUUCACCUGCCUGAUGAUAAUCCUCAUAACUCAGGUUGCUGCUGCACUGGUCAUCUACUUCCAGAAAGAAACGCUGAAAGAAGAGUUGUCCUACAUAGUUAUAGACCUGAUUGAAGAUUAUGACCCUUCGAAUGAAGAUCGGAGGAACGUGCAAGAUGUAUGGGACUAUGUGCAAACACAGAUCUCCUGCUGUGGCUGGACCGGAGCAAAGGACUGGGAAAGGAAUGAGGUUCUUAUCAACAGAAGCAUGACUCAGUAUCCCUGCUCCUGCUCCAAUAGCUCCAAGGACUCAGACGUAGAGAGUGGUUUCUGUAACCUGGAUACUCCUGUCAAUGGCACUGCAACGUAUUCUGACUGGCCUGUUCAUGAGCAGGGAUGCAUGGAUGGUGUGGAGGACUGGGUAAAGGACAACAUUGGCAUCAUUCUUGGGGUUUGCACUGGUGUUGCUGUUAUAGAGCUGCUGGGGAUGAUACUGUCCAUUUCGCUUUGCAAGAACAUACACAGCGAAGACUACACCAAAGUGCCCAAGUCUUGAGUUGGCUGAGUCCAGAGCUACGGCACCACAGAGAAAGGAGCAAACAGAACAUUCCUGCCUCAUACCCAGACUGUCCAACCAUUGACCAUUAUUCCUGUGACAUCCCAUUUCUGAUACCACUCUGCUAAGAACUGUUAGAGCUGCAACACAGCCUGAUCUUCUGGCAAUAGGGCCCCUGGGCCACCUGCAUCCUGCCUCUGGAUUAUUUCUACUUCAAGAAGCAGAACUUAAACUGUCUCAUAUCACAUGAGACACCAGUUAACCUGAGGGGACAAUGCUUUUGCUGCCUGCUCCACGUUAAAUAAUAUUAUUCAUAUCUUCAUUCUACAACCCACUGGGCCUAACACGCAAUAACUCCUCUCCCCCUCGCUCUUCUCCUGCACAGCUUUCCACCUACCCCCAGAAGUCCCAUCUCUUUGUCCCAUGAGCCAGGAAUUCUGUUGAGAUUCCAGUGCUUUGGUAGCUUCACCUGCUUCACUGACUUGUGGUGGUAACUAAACAUGCUUGAUAGGCCUUCUCCUCCCUUGCAGUUAACCUUGUUUGGCUCCUACUAUGCAUCUUCCAUCCUAGGUUGUCACCUG